AUGGACCAGAAAAUUGAACCAUGCUACACUUGUCGCACUCGGCGCAUUCAAUGCGACCGGUCUGGUGUGCCUUGUGCAAAAUGCCAAAAAGCUGGCUUGGAGUGUUUUGACAAAAGACCGAUCCGGUGGGUCAAGGGUGUUGCUAUUCGCGGGAAGAUGCAGGGCCGGUCAUUUCCGAGCAAAGAAUCUGAUAAAAAUAAGAAAUCUGCUUUGAUCAAUUCAAGGCGGUCAAUGCCUAAAUGUGUACCGAGCCCUGGGAGUUUGGAUUUCAAUAAUAUCUCUUUCAAAUCCAUACCAGAUAUUUCAUUCAAUCUCCAGGACCCAUCGGUUCUACAUUUAGAUCCAAUAUCCCGAUACUACAUCGAUUACUAUAAUGAGCGCAUUUGCAAACUAUUCAUUGUAUAUGAUAGUGACAAGAACCCAUUAAGAAGCCUGAUUGCGCUCGGUCUGAAAGACCCGGUCCUUCUGAAGGCUCUUCUCGCACUUGCAGCACGGCAUCAUUUCAACACAGGUCAAUCCUUUGAUCAAGCCGAAACACCAACAGAACCGAGACUCGUCAAUGCGAAUCGGGAUGCAUUAUUUUUCAAGCAUCAGGCCAUAGAGGCCUUAUCGCAUUCCUUGAGCGAUAACCAAAAUUACAUGCAAGACACCACAAUGGCCAGCAUCUUCCUUUUGAUUUUCCUCGAUUUGAUAGAGUCCGGCAGCGAUGGUUGGAAUAUUCAUCUCGAGGGGGUCAAAAAACUAAUUGCUUCAUAUCUACCAUCUGAAAGCCAAGCUGGUGUCAACCAAGGACCGGGAGAGACUGUACAAGAAAUCCGGGGAUUUAUUGCCAAGCAAAUCCAUCUAAUUGAAACACUCGGGAACACUUUUACACGCCCUAAGUUAUUGUCACAGUUCAGCUCGCUCAGCCUGCAAGAUCCACAAGAACAAGAGGAAGAAACCAUUGAAAAGUCUUUUCUCGGGUGCCCGGAUUACCUAUUGACAGCCAUCCAAUAUUUUUCUGCGCAACGAGAUAGCAUGUCAGGGUCUACGCCACUCGAUCCUGCCACGAUCACCUCGAACCAGAGGGAUACAGCUUCAUUACUGAAGCUCAUUCAAACCUUCGAUUGUUAUACUUGGGCCUCGAGUCUACAACGGUCUCGGGAGUCCUCGCCCCAAGAUAUCGCAAAUCUCUGUAUGUUGUCACAGGCAUAUAGGAUCGGUUCUCUCUUAUACGGUGGAAGGGUUCUUGAUGCCUUAACCGGGGAAGAGACUUCACAAGACGAGCUGGUCUCAGAGUUGUUGGGUGUUGUCAAUUCUUUGAAGGAUGAUCCGGCCUUGUUCAAGUGCAUUCUCUGGCCGGUCUUUGUGGCUGGGUUGGAAUGCCAGUGGCAAGCUCAAAGGGACUUUCUUUUGGCCUGCAUUGAGAAGUUCUGGUCUCUCACCAGGUGUUUGAACGCUGUCAAUGCAGCCAAAACCCUACAAGAAUAUUGGCAGCAAGAUUCUUCAACGGUUCGAUCCCAGUGGAUCUUUAAUAUCGGCGACGUAGAGCGAGACUGGCUUUGGAUUUGA